AUGUCCGGGCGCCGUCUCCUCGACGCCAUCACAUUCCUCAAUGCGUCCCGCAAUGUCGCGAAAAAGCACAUAGUGCUCCAGAGACAUGCCCUUGAUCACCAUGCUCGAACGUCGUCGUUGACCAAGGCUGCGAAGAACCAGGUCCAGCAGAUUAGUCUUGCGGUACAAGCAGCUUCUGACCUAGCGAGGAAGCUUGACGAUGACCCUACACCCAGCCCUGGGCCGACGAAUCGCGAUCAUGACGGCGGAAGGGACACAAACGGUUCAAGAGAAGAUACAAAGCUGAACGAUAGCUUCACGAAGAGUGAUAUCACUAUAGAACCUACGAGAUCUCAGGCUACCGUUGGUGUGGAGGAAAAAGCCAAGUCUGCACGUAAUGAAGCCCCAAGCUCAGAAACUACCGGGGACGACGCUGUCACCGACCAUAACGAGGUUCCGGAGGAAAUGAUGCAACAGCUGUUCAGAAGCCGGAAAGUGACAAGAACCCUUUUUCGAGACCAGGCCUACAAGCCAGGACAGAAUGGCCUGGGAUCGGCCUCUACUACGGGGCCACCAUCUCUGGCCGUACACUCUGAGAAAGUCACAGAGAGUAAUACGCGGAUUGAUGAUGUUAAAAUAAAGAGCCAGGAAAAUAUAGAAAGCUCUGAGCACGUGGUGGAGGAUAAAGUCGUUGCACCGCAAGAUACAUACCAAAUGGUUCAGUCUCGAGUCCCGUCAUCUCGGAUUGGGCGGCUAUGGGAGUAUGGGGGACUAGCAACUUCUAUGGCCAUGGGUGUUGUUGGAGAAGGCUUCCGCCGUGCCACAGGGAGCGAUGAUUCUGGAUCCUUGCUACUUAGCCCUGCCAAUAUAGAAAGGCUUGUUGCCAAAUUAUCUAAGAUGAGAGGAGCGGCUCUGAAGCUAGGUCAGAUGCUAAGUCUCCAAGAUUCUAAAAUGCUGCCAGAGUCAAUCCAACGAGUACUACAACGUGUACAAGACCGGGCAAAUUACAUGCCGCAGUUUCAAAGGGAUCAGGUUCUCACAGAUAACCUGGGCCCGAAUUGGAGAGAUUUAUUCGAGUCAUUUGAUGAUAUUCCAAUGGCUGCCGCAUCAAUUGGUCAAGUGCAUGGAGCUAUUCUAAAAGAAACGGGGCAGCGUGUUGCUGUGAAGGUUCAAUACCCUGGGGUUGCGGACUCAAUAGAUUCGGACUUGAAUAACUUAUCUAUCCUUCUCACCGCUUCCCGGCUGCUACCCAAAGGGCUAUACCUCGAUAAAACAAUUGCGAACGCUCGGACCGAGCUUGCGUGGGAAUGUGAUUAUAUUCGUGAAGCAGAAUGUGGCCGUAAAUUCAAGGAGCUGCUUAGGAAUGAUACUGACACGUUUACGAUACCUGAAAUUAUACCAAACGCUUCAGGGAAGCAGGUUCUCACAAUGGAGCGUCUGGACGGCAUUGCUGUAACCAGGAUCCAAUCAUUUACUCAACCCCAGCGCGAUUGGAUCGGUACUCAAAUCAUGCGGCUUUGCCUUCGGGAAAUUGGCGAGUUCAGAUACAUGCAAACUGACCCUAACUGGACCAACUUCCUCUAUAACGCCACUACCAACCGUCUCGAGCUUCUUGACUUUGGGGCAUCCCGCGCUUACCCGGCUGCUUUCAUCUCUUCGUAUGUCGGCCUACUUGCUGCUGCUUCUCGGAAUGACCGCGAGGCAUGUCGCGAGCUCUCUCAGAAACUGGGAUAUCUCACAGGCUUCGAGUCCAAGGCCAUGGUCAACGCCCACGUGUCUUCUAUUACCACCAUUGCUGAGCCAUUUAUGAAAUCUUCCCCUGAGGUAUAUGACUUCAGUGAUCAAACCAUCACCGAUAGGGUUCGGGAGUUUAUCCCGCUUAUGUUGCGUGAGCGCUUAUCUCCACCCCCUGAAGAGACGUACAGUCUGCAUCGAAAGUUGAGCGGUGCCUUCUUGCUUUGUGCUCGACUAGGCAGCAAAGUGAAAUGCCGAGAGAUGUUCGAAACGAUGCUGGAGAAGGUAGAGUGGGUGGAUGAGAAGCAUGAACGCAGAGAUGAUACACCUGUGAUUUAA